AUGGACUCGCUAUUUGAACACUCCGUGCGUUUUCCCGCUGAGGGAGAGUGCGAAUGCGCGGACCCGGCGGAGCACGACGCUCUUCCGCAGAGGACGCACUUCUACCUCGGGGAGACAGUCCCUUUCCUUCUGCUACUGCGAAUGGGGACUUUAUUAAGGGAGAAGAGAAUGGACGACUUGUACGCUGUGGCGAGCGUAGGCGCGCAGCUCCGAAACAACCCGCUCGACUCGGAUAACAGCGUAGAAGAAGAAGAAGAAGAAGAAGAAGCGGAGGAGGACCAGAGAAGAAGUAGCGGUCGCCCAAACCGGAAGUUCGUCGACUGUAGUCCGCUUCUUCACCACAACAAUGCACGGAGAGUCACGGAACCAGUUAAGUCGACUCAGCUGUCAGAAGAACACUUCUCCUUCCGUCUUGAGGUCUCUUUGGACAAGCUUCCAACCGACACACUCCGAGCCAAGAUUGUCGUGAGCGUUUGGGAGCCAGAUGAAGAACUUUCGCAAGAAAGCUACCUCAGAGAAGACCUUGACAAAUUCCAAGUGGAAGUCAGCGCUAUGUUGAACAUCGUACCGCCCCCUAGUGUCGGGUGUCGACAGUUGAGCGUCGCAGGACAACAAUUGACUUUCCUCAAAGUGUUGAACGACAGCUCCAUAGAGGAUCUUUGCAUCACCAACGUGAGGAUCCUUCCCAACUACAACACGUCCUACCUUCCCAUGAUGCCCGACGGUUCGGUUCUUGUGGUAGACAACGUAUGCCACCAGUCGGCCGAGGUGACCAUGGCGUCAUUCUGCCGCGUGGAUGGAGCGCGCUCGCGCUUACCUAGCACGCUCGCCGCCCUGGAGGAGCACAACUUCCUGUUCCGGAUGCAUCUCCAGGAUAAAACCGACGACGAAUCCAGCGAGGGUUUGGAAGUGCCAUUGGUCGCCAUGUUACAAUGGCGCACGUCGACUCUGCCUCGGGAGAGGCUCCUGUCCACCGUUUACUCGCUGCCCAGUAUCCGCUUAAACCGUCCGGGCCUGGUGAUGAGCGCAUCAUGCCCGAGCGCCGUCCGAUACGGUGAGCGUUUCCGAGUCAAGUACACCCUGGUGAACAACCUGCGCCACUUCCCAUCCGUUCGGCUGCGCUGGGAUUCCGCGGGCGGGUCCGAAGCGGUGGUCUGCCAGUCCCCCUUCAAUAACCUGGGACGAUGCCAGAAGGGUUCCAGCGUUAUUUUCACCGUUGUCUUCCAGAUCCUUGCAACGGGACUUUUUGAGCUAAGCCAGCACAUGAAAAUGAAGCUCCAGUUUGCAGCGUCACCUGAGGAACGCCGAUCGUCAAACGUCAGGUAG